CAAGCCCAUCGUGGAAUAUAUCGAUGCCCAGUUUGAGGCCUACUUACAAGAGGAAUUGAAGAUCAAGCGGUCUCUCUUCAACUACCACGACACCAGGAUCCACGCGUGCCUCUACUUCAUCGCCCCUACUGGGCACUCCCUGAAGUCCCUGGACCUGGUCACCAUGAAGAAGCUGGACAGUAAGGUGAACAUCAUCCCAAUAAUUGCAAAAGCUGACACCAUCGCCAAGAACGAAUUGCACAAAUUCAAGAGUAAGAUCAUGAGUGAACUGGUCAGCAACGGAGUCCAGAUCUAUCAGUUUCCCACAGAUGAAGAAACGGUGGCAGAGAUCAAUGCGACCAUGAGUGUCCACCUGCCAUUUGCCGUGGUCGGCAGCACUGAAGAGGUGAAGAUCGGCAACAAGAUGGCCAAGGCCAGGCAGUACCCGUGGGGCGUGGUGCAGGUGGAGAAUGAAAACCAUUGUGAUUUUGUGAAACUGCGGGAGAUGCUGAUCCGCGUGAACAUGGAAGACUUGAGAGAACAGACUCACACCCGCCACUACGAGUUGUAUCGGCGUUGUAAGCUCGAGGAGAUGGGGUUCAAGGACACUGACCCUGACAGCAAGCCCUUCAGUCUUCAGGAGACAUACGAAGCAAAAAGGAAUGAAUUUCUGGGAGAACUUCAGAAGAAAGAAGAAGAAAUGAGACAGAUGUUUGUUAUGAGAGUGAAGGAGAAAGAAGCUGAACUUAAAGAGGCAGAGAAAGAGCUCCACGAGAAGUUUGACCUCCUGAAGCGGACACACCAGGAAGAGAAGAAGAAAGUGGAAGACAAGAAGAAGGAGCUGGAGGAGGAGGUGAACAACUUCCAGAAGAAGAAGGCGGCUGCCCAGUUGCUGCAGACCCAGGCCCAGCAGUCUGGGGCCCAGCAAACCAAGAAAGACAAGGAUAAGAAAAACUUCUUCUUUAUGUAACCAUCCUGUUGACAAGCCCUACUCUCUCCUAAUGGACAUAGAGCAUUAGAAGAGCAGGAGCUGUCUGUUCACACGUGUUGGGGAAGAGUUACCUCAUUUCCACCAUCGCCUCCUUUUAAAGUCUGGGUUGACUAUUUCACUGUUGUUUGUAUUUGUCAAUGUCUGUUUACAAGCCACUACCCAUAGUGGUUACUGAAGUGACUUAUCACUACCAAAAAGUUAUACUAUUUACAAAGGAAAUCGAGUGAAACAGAACUGGGGCCAAGACCCAAGGUAGCCCUGUGUCGGGACUCUCUUGCUUAACAGUCAGGUUCUUGACGUUGCUGUCCAAGAAUUCACGGACUGAAGACAGCACGUGCCCUGACCUGAGGCGGCCCCACCUGCAGGGUUCACAAACUUGACCUCAUGUUAACUCCGUACCUCUGCCCCAUGAAUGACAUUCUGAACAACCCCAUUAGGACCUUCUCAACCAUAAAUCAGGCCAUGAGAUCUGGGCAACAUUUUUCUUCCCUUCGUUAAUUUUAUGGGUUGUUUUGGAGUUUGGGUGGGUUUUUUUCUUAAAUAUUUGGUAUUGCAUGAACAGAGAUGGCUGCAUCUUUUUUUAGUUGGUGUGUUCUACUGAUACAAUGUUUUUAUUUUUCAGCUGACCAUCUGCCUCUUGAGAGAGAGAAGUGGGCAUCCUUCCUUUAAAUUCACGAACUUCUGUUGUUUUAUUUGACUCUU